AUGAACCCUGACUCAGGGGAGACGGCACAGCUGAUUGAGGAGCAUGAUGUGGUGGAUGACAGGGAGGGUGACGAGGGUUUCUGUGACGUGAUGGAAGAUCCCACAGUUCCAGACCUGGAGGUCAUUCUGCCACCAGCUGUAUGUUACCAGACCUCUGGUCUGUCCACGCUGUCCUCUAAAGAGCAUUGUGCCAUCACCAUAGCUUCCAGUCCAUCUAUUGUGCCCCACAGCACCUUUACAAUGGCCCCAUGCACCUCCACCCUAGGCUCCAGCACCUCCACGCCAGGUUUGAGCACCUCUGCUUUGGCCUCCAGCACCUCUACUAUGGCCCCCAGCACAACGGCCCUUGCCCCAAGCUCCUCCACUCCGGGCUCCAGCACUCCAACACAACUGUGAUGGAGCUAUUUUCAGUCCAUGGAGUUUACAAUGACGGAGAACCCUCCGUCUCGUCUGCUGGCUGGAAGCGAACAGAGCGCUGAACUCCGUCAGAAUGAAUGAACACUCCCACAUCUCUCCAAGCCGCCACACAAUUGGACGGCUGGAUUCAGUGUAAACCAAUAGGAAAAAAGCUAAAUAAAAUAAAUAAAAUAUUAUUUUUUCCA